UCUGUUUGUGUGUGUGUGUGUGUGUGUGUGCAGGUGGAGAACACAGUGGUUCUGUGGAGAAGUGAUGUCAGCAGAGCGUAUGUGUUUCAGGCCAGUCGACCUUCAGAGGGCGGAGACAACCCAGGUGUUCACACCAAAGUGGACUCUGAGUGGGUCAGCUCAGCGGGCUCCUGCAGGGGGAGGUGCUUCGAGCUGGAGGAGGCCAAACCUCCAGGAUGCAGAUGUGACAAUCUGUGCAAAACCUACUACAGCUGCUGCUCGGACUUCGACGAGCACUGUCUGAAAACAGGCGGAGGUUUCGAGUGCUCCCAGGAACGAUGUGGCGAGGAGCGGCGGGAGGAGCACGCCUGUCACUGCUCCGACGACUGUCUGCAGCGAGGAGACUGCUGCUCCAACUACCAGUCCCUGUGCACAGGUGAGACUUCCUGGCUCCAUGGAGACUGUGAGGAGAUCAGGAGUCCAGAAUGUCCUGCAGGCUUCAUCAGACCUCCUCUCAUCAUGAUCUCCGUGGACGGGUUCCGAGCCUCCUACCUGAAGAAGGGCAGAUCCGUCAUCCCCAACAUCAUGAAGCUGAGAGAAUGUGGAACAUCAUCUCCAUACAUGAGACCAGUCUAUCCUUCAAAGACCUUCCCCAACCUGUACACCCUGGCCACGGGUCUUUACCCAGAGUCCCAUGGCAUUGUGGGUAACACCAUGUACGACCCCGUGUUUAACGCCACCUUCAGUUUGAGAAGCAGAGAGAAAUUGAAACACAGGUGGUGGGGAGGACAACCGAUCUGGAUCACAGCAGAGAAACAGGGAGUCAGAGCUGGAACCUUCUUCUGGCCUUGGGUGAUUCCUCUGGAGAGAAGGAUUCUGACCAUCCUUGGUUGGCUGCACCUGCCGGACCACGAGAGGCCGUACGUCUACGCCGUCCACUCAGAGCAGCCGGACACCUACGGACACAAACUGGGCCCCCUGAGCAGUGAGCUGGACGUCCACCUGAGGGACCUGGACAACAUCGUUGGUCAGCUGAUGAACGGCCUGAAGCAGAUGAACCUGCACCGCUGCGUCAACGUCAUCAUCGUUGGAGACCACGGGAUGGAGGAGGCCCACUGUGAUUGGACCGAGUUCCUCAACAACUACCCUCUCAACCUCGACGAGGUCACGCUGAUCCCAGGCUCUCUGGGCAGGAUUCGACCCCGAGACCCCAAGUCCAGCACCUAUGACCCCAGGGUGGUGGUGGCUAACCUGACGUGUAAAAUGUCGACUCAGCACUUUAAGCCCUACCUGAAGCAACAUUUACCCAAGAGGCUUCACUACGCCAACAACCGCCGCAUCGAGGAUGUUCACCUGCUGAUGGAGAGGAAGUGGCACAUCGCCAAGAAAAUGCCGGAGAAGCUGAGGACACGCUGUGGAUUCUUAGGAGACCACGGCUUUGACAACAAGAUCAACAGCAUGAGGACGAUCUUUGUCGGUCAUGGUCCCAGCUUCAAGUUCCAGAAACAGGUUCCAGAGUUUGAUAACAUCGAGCUGUACAACGUGAUGUGCGACCUGUUGGGACUUGAACCUGCUCCAAACAACGGGAGUCACGGCAGCCUGAACGACAUGCUGAGAGAACCCGCCUACUUUCCCACCAUGCCUCAGGAGGUGACCCCGCCUACACCGGCGUCCGAAGACACCGAGACGAGCGUGGGCCGUGACCUGGGCUGCAGCUGUGAGGAGGAGAACAAAGUGGAGGAAACGGUGGAGUCUUUCAGCCCAGCGGCCGCGGCCGUGGGCCGUGACGGCUACAACGUCACUCUGCUGCCCUUCGGUCGUCCUGCCGUCAUGUUUGAAACUCGUUACACUUUACUUCAUCACGUGGAGUUUGUCAGUGGAUACAGUCGAGACCUGGCCCUGUCUCUGUGGACGUCCUACACACUGCUGCCACAGGAGGAGCUGACCCCGGUCCCUGACCUGAGUCCUGGUCUCCAUCAGUGCAUCAGACUGGACUCCAGAGUCACUGCAGCUCAGAGUCAGAGCUGCAGCAGCUACAGCCACGGCAGCAGCUACAGCCACGGCUUCCUGUUUCCACCAGAGUUAGCAUCAUCUCCAGAGUCCAGAUUUGACGCUUCUCUCGUCACCAACACCGUGCCAAUGUUUCCUGCCUUUAAGAGAAUCUGGAGUUACCUGCAGGGGACACUGCUGAGACGUUAUGCAGAUGAACAUUACGGCAUUAACGUUCUGACUGGACCUGUGUUCGACUACAACUACGAUGGCCUUCGCGACACCACAGAGAUUAUUAAAGCGUUUUCUCCAGGCUCCGCCCCCGUCCCUACACACUUCUACCUGGUGGUGACCAGCUGCGCGGAGCUGAACCGGACGGUGGAGCAGUGUGAUGGAGCGCUGAGCGUCUUCAGCUUCCUGCUGCCGCACAGGGACGACAACAGUGAGGCCUGUGAUAGCCACCAGGACCCGUCGGUGUGGGUGGAGGACCUGCUGCAGCUCCACACAGCUCGAGUCAAAGACGUGGAGAUCCUGACGGGUCUGGACUUGUUCAGAUCCACCAACAUGACCUACAGCAGCGCGCUCAGCCUCAAGACUCGUCUGUUCACCUACGAGGACGACGACUAGACGCUGAACACACACACACACACACACACACACACCUCAGACUCAGGAGAACAUGGAGCACAACAACAUCUCUGGUCUUCAGUGGUUCUCCACCUGAGGAACGAGGAACGAGUUUAGUCAGAGUGAGAGUGGGGGGGGGGGGGGGUAGGGGGGGGGGGGGCUAGAUUUGGACUUUUCUCCAACCAGAUCUUCAUGGACCACAGUGUGUUUUAGCUUUAACACCAGCUCCAGUUUCUACUGACCUUCAACUGCAUGAUGUAGGAGUGAAUGAAACAGCAACAUUAUUGUGUCAGACACUUUGAUCCUGGCUGUGAUGACGUCAUCACAGACAGGAUCACCUUGUAUUAAUAAAUGUAAAACUCCUCUACAA